CAUGCACUUCAAACUCCUCUCUCUAUCACUCUCCAACUACUUACAAAGAAAAAAAUGGUUUGCUUUUGUUUUCUCUUUGAUCAGACCCGUCAGGUGCGGCGGAGCAAACCGGCAGCCGGAUUUUGUUCCCGGUGCGGCGGCGGAGCCAGCGUCGCCGACAUGAAGACCGCCACUAGAUUCUGUUUCGUCCCAUUCUAUUGGAGGUCUUGGAGAGCCAUUAUUUGCACUUUUUGUGGAGCUAUUAUUAGAUCCUACCGUUAACCUUUUUUUUUCUUUUUUCUUUUUUUAAGUUAUUUAGAUUUUUUUUCUGAUAUGGAAGAAAAAACUUGCUAAUUUUUCUUGAUCUAGAUAAUUAUAUCCUUAAUCCCAUACGUAAAAGAUGAAAAAUCUCUCUACCCAUAUUGUAUUGACGUUUCUUGUAACAUUUUCUUAGUUAUAAUUUCAAUGAUGUUCAUAUUCCUUUU